AGCACAAAUCUUAAAAGUUCUUAUUAAUAAAAACAAAUCUGAGGCCAGGUAUGGGGUAAAUGCUGGAAGAUCAGAGAAACAGAACAGGCCACAGCCACCUCACCUUGCCAACUCCUCAACCGAUCCUGUUUCCUCAGACUGGAAGCCUCUGAGUCCUCAUCCAGAAUAAAACUCAGCUUAAUUGUUGCUCAAACGCCUAAAAGAUUAACCAGCCAAAAGCUUCUAGUUUCUGGUCUUCAAGCCUUAUAUACCUUUCUGCUUUCUGCCAUCACUCCCUGGGAUUAAAGGCUCACUUCCUGGGAUUAAAGGCUCUUGUUACCACACCUGGCUAUUUCCAAUGUGGCUUUAAACUCACAGAGAUCCGGAUGGAUCUCUGCCUCUGGAAUGCUAGGAUUAAAGGCGUGGCCUCCAUAUCUAGUGGCUGUUCUGUUCUCUGACCCCAGAUAAGUUUAUUAGGGUGCACAGUAUUUUGGGGAACACAAUACCACCACACGACGCAGCUGCUGAGAUGCUUGGUCUCUGUGGAGAGGAGCCAGAGGACAACCUCUUUGUAUAAAUGUGGAGUCUACUCCUGGAUCAUACCAGGGUUUGUGCUUGUUAGUUUUUUUGGUGAGUUGACAAACAGCCACAAUUGUCUGGUAAGAGGAGCCUCAACUUAGAAAAUGCCAUAAUACUUGGCUUGUAGGCAAGUCUGUGGGGCAUCUUUUUUUUUGAGUAAUGAUUAGUGUGGGAGGGUCCAGCCCACUAUGGGUGGCACCAUCCCUGGGCAGUUGGUCCUGAGUGCCUAAUAAAUGAGGCAGAGCAAGCCAUGGGAAGCAAGCCAGCAAGCAGUACUCCUCCAUGGCUUCUGCAUCAUCUCCUGCCUGCAGGUUCCUGUCUAGCUUGAGUUCCAACUUCCUCCAGAGAUAGAGUGUGACCUUCGAGUUGUUAGGAGAAAGAAAUCCCUUCCUCCCAAGUAGCUUUUGAUGGUCGUGUGUAUGACAGCAAUAGAAACCCAAGACAGAGGUGGACUGCAAUGUCCACUGCUCCCACCCACCUUCUUGUCCUGUCUGGCAAAGGCAGACUUUCCUCUGUGGUUCCACACACACACACACACACGCACAUGCACACCCCACACACCAUCACUCUGCUGCUAGGUAGGCUAGAGGAGUAUGGCCCAGUGGUAGGGCAUCCGUCUCCAAGGACCUGGGUUCCAGCCUUGCAUUGUAGAAGAAUGGUUAGUUCCCUUGCACACCACACCUUGACAACCGGAAAGCACUAUGCAGUUACUUUUCAACAGUGCUGGCUCUGGGUCAGGAUUUACUGCCGAAGUCAUAGGUCAAGGUCAGAGGUCAUGGUGGGCAGCAGCGACUCUGCUCUCCGAGGCUUUCCACAGUGCAUGCAUGGCCACUGCUGCUCAGGAGGCUCCUUCCUGGGAGGACCCAGAUGUAUCUGGUCCUUCCAUCCCUCGGCCUCCAGAUGCCCCCAGCACCACGUAGAGGGAGAACACGGAACAACGUGGGUAAACCAGGGAUCUGCUUCCAGAAAAAUCCAGUUUGGUUUUCACAGGUCAGUAUGUUGCACAGAUAAUCACUGAAUAUACUUCUCGUUCAGUCGCUUUGAUGGAAUAUUAACAGGAGAGAGUAUGGGGUCUGCUGUAUUCUUAAGGCCCGACAGGUAUUCGACCCCUGACAUUCUGAUUUUGUCACCUAGGGGAUAGAAUGCCUGCACUGACAUAAACCAUGGCUUGGAGCAAUUCUUUCUGGCUGGAGAAAAAAAAAAAAGGAUGGCGUGGGUGUACAAAUCAGAGUUCUUUCCUCCCUGCCCAGCCUUGGGCACGUCACCAGAACUCUAGCAUCUCAACUGGUGACUCUGUCAUAUCACACCACAGCCCAGCGUUACUUUAGUGCCCACUGCCCUCUGGGCUAGAACCAAGGACUGCAGCGGGUUCAUCGGGGACACCACAGGGAUGAGUUACCUCUUGUCCCCAGGCCCUGUAAUAACUCUGCCUAGUUGCUUUCAAAUCCGAAAGCAUGUUUGGUCUUGAAAGGUAAAGCCAGUGAGCAUCCCUCCCGUGCUCCCAGGCAAUACUCACAGGCUUGGCUGAGGAACGAUGGGAAAUGCUGGCUACCCUGCCACCCUGUGGCUGGGCCCCAGAGCUACAUUGUGGGGGAGGGGCUCAGAAUGUUUACUGUUCCCGUGGCAACGGCAGCCUUGGCUCGCAGUUGGUGACAAGAGGGUCGAUGGCUAAGGAUCAGGAACCUGAUUUUUACCUCAAGUGGAAGCACUGUGAGACCUAUGGCGUCAAGACUCUAUGCAACCUGAGGGAGCUCCUGACCCGACUCCACAAGGACCACAGGGAUGAUAUCUAUGUCUACACCUCUGGACACCUGAACCCUGACAAGCUUUACGGGCCUUCCAAGAUCAUCACUGAGCACUGGCACAAUGCCAACAGGCCAAAGGAGCCACGAAUCUUCCCACCCUCUGUGUCCAGAGACAAACAGACAGCAGAGAUGAGGGACGCGUGGGCUUACUUCACGAUCAACACGGCCCUGCGUCCCGAUGACAGCCACAACACAAGGCUGUUCAGGUAUUUGAACCCACGGAUGGUCACUUCCCAUGUUUCCAAAGAGGGUGUCACCUCGAAGGUCCCACAGGAGGAGGAAGAGGAGGAAGUCAGGGAAAGACGCGUGCUUUCUCGGGAAAGACACAGGAAGGAAGAGCUCAGGCUGCCCGAGAUGAAAGUGCUGAGGUACCCCGCGAUACCCUCCAGCCGCCAGUGUGCCAGGGCUGCCUCGGGCAGGGAUGUGUAUCGGUACGUCAGCUCCUACUUAGCUGGUAUAACAAAGGCUGACAGAUACAACAAGUUCCUGAGCUUCCAAAAAGAAGUGCUGGCAAAGGAAGGUAUCCCGAAGAGUGAUUUCACGGGGAGCAAAGUGGCUGAGAACCAUGAGAAGAAACUGAAGGAGGAACUCCAGAAGAUAUGCACCUGCAACCCUCAGCAGUUCAACAGGCUGCAGGUCUUUGGGGAGGUCUUUGAGGAUGUUUGUAACAGCUCUCUGAUCUUCGGGGACCUCCUGAAAGAGGUCAAGGAUGAAUAUGAACUCUACAUGGCAGUUCUUCUAGACUCCCAGCCCACAGCACAGUAUAAGCGGCUCCUGGCUGAAGUCAAGGGGUUGGAGAAGAGCCCUGUGCACAGCACAGACAUUGACCAGGCCAAGGAGCGGCUGAGGAAGCUUGAGCAGGCUGCUCUGGAAGCCCUGGAGCAAAAUGACAAACUCAGAAAUGAACUGGAGGCAGAGAGACUGUUACUGCAGUCUGCUAAGGAACAGUCAGAAGCUUCUGCUAGAAACAUAAACAAUGAGGACCAACUCACUCUGAUUGAGAAAGUUGAGAAGAGGAGAUGUGAAAUCCUUGAAAAAUGGGAUGAAAUGAAAGCGCUUGAAAAACACAUCAAAGAAACAUUGGUGCAUUCCAAAGUGUUGGAUAUCACUGAGAAUGGGAUUAAAAGUGUAGAGAAUGAAGCUUUGAAGUUGGAAACAACAAACAAAAUCUUAAGAAAGAAAAUAAAAGUUAUUGAAAACCAGGUCAAGCAGCUCAUAAAAAAGAGUAAGAUCGGCGACACAGAGAGGCAGGUUCUGUGGGAUCUCAUUAAAGAAUAUGCAGAGUUACAAGAUGUAGAAGAUGACUCUCGAAUAUUUGGGAAGUGACACAGGAGGUCUCCACCUCUGAGUCCGCUGCCUGGACAGGUCAAUGAGGAUGUUUCUUUUAGUCAGCUUUCCCACUAAUAACGUCAGUGUGUUCACAGGUGCACACUCCCUGUGAUUUCUUUGACCUCUUUAUAUGAUGUACUGGCCCUUAGUUCAUCUUUUAUCAGUAACUUUCAACUGGACAGAACACUUUUGAAUAUUUAGUAAGAAUGAAGAUGUAACCUGCUGUGAUAUAGACCAGCGCCAUGUAAGUGUGGACGUAUUUCCAUAUGUGCAUUUAAUACAAUAAACGCCACACCCUUGCUGGUU